GUAACCUGUGAUUCCAUGGUGAAGGCAAGCUGUUGCUGGCUGAUUCAGGAAACAGAUCAUUCUGCAUCAGUUUUCAAAUCUGCAUCAUCUCAUCACCUCAUCAUGAAGCUGCUGGCUGUGUGUGUCCUGGUUUUCUCUGUGAUGGCUCUGACCAGAGCUGACCAUGAAGCAGAUGAUGGCUCCACUGAUGAAGAAGAAGUUGACUUGGAAGAAGUUGACUUGGAAGAAGUUGACUUGGUCCAGAGAUCUUCUUGUCCUCCCGGCUGGUCUCCAAUCAACAAUCGCUGCUUUCGCUAUGUUUCCGAACCCAUGACUUGGGCUAAAGCUGAGAGACACUGUCUGUCCAUGGGAGCAAACCUGGCAUCAGUUCAUGACACGAACGAGUACCAUCAGGUUCAGUUUCUGAUAACUAUGGCAACUGACAAGUCCGGAGUGACAUGGAUUGGAGGCACUAAUGCACAGGAGACGAGCAUUUGGCUGUGGACCGAUGGAAGCCCUCUGCACUACACAAACUGGUGUCGAGGAGAGCCUAGUAAUUAUGGUGGGAAACAGCACUGUUUGCAAAUGAACUACUCAGGUGAAAAGUGCUGGGAUGACCAGACCUGUUCUGUCCGUCUUCCUUCUGUCUGCGCCAAGGAUGUCUGAUCAGUCCGAGGUUCACAAAGAUGCUUAAAACAGAAUCCAGUGGAGAAUUGUUGUUACGUGUUUCUGUUAACCUGCCUUUUUACAGCCUCGUGGCUACCCUAACAGCUUUUUUGCAUCUUCGACUUAAUAUAAUUUCUCUUUAAUGGAACCCAGUGAAUAAAGCCACAAAUAAACAGCAGGUGGCUUUUUUUCUUUUUAAUAAGAGCACACUGGGUUACAAUUAUUAUCACUUAAGUGAAACUUUCUUGUUUUCUUUGGCCUUGCUAAAAUAAAUAAAUAAAUAAAUUGAAGCAUAAAA